UUGUUGAACAGUUAUAACAUUACGCGAUGAGCCGAUAUACAUCCAAAAUAUCAUUAACUUCUAGAAGAUCCACUGCCGAUAGAUAUGACACCGAAUUUAUUUCAAUAUUUCCUAAAAAGCUGCCAGAACUUAUAGUCGGACCCGUAUAUGAUGAGAGUGGAUUUGCCCUUAACGAGAGAUUAGCACUAAGGCAGGCUUGGGGAGUUAUUAAACCCUUUGAGCGACGUUUUGGAAAAGAGAUACACUUCGAUUUUUUAAUGGAACAUCAUAAGACAUUCGAAAAUUUUCGAUUUGAUGGACAAAUUGAUCUGCACCGCUUGCAUGGACAUUCGCUGUCCCUUAUGCGCUUCAUAAGUUCUAUUAUUGAGCAGAGAGAUCCAGCUUUAUUCCAGGCGGCAUUGAAUGACAGCUUUAACCUGCAUCGACAUGCUCACGUAAAUUUAGAUUAUAUGCGGAUGAUCGUACAAGCUCUAAUUACCUACGUGCUGGAUAAGCUCAAAGAUGUCAGCUCCGCUUCCCUGGAGAGUGGAUUUGAGCGACUUCUGAGCAAGUUUCAAACAUCCAUGCACGAUACGGACAAGAAUAGAGGCAUAAGUUUUCAAAUCAGGGACAGUCAAAGUAAAUAUAGUAUUUAAGAAAUUGGUGAAAGGAUGAUAGCGUAAUAAAUAACCAUUACAAGUUUUA